AUGACAGUCGGAAUUCUUUGUUUUGUAUUUUUGGAGGUAUUCGCAUUGGGUAUUCCUUUCGUCAGUUUGGCUGCUUGUUUGUUUUUCAAUCUUGGAAAUAGUAUUGUUGGUGAAUUAGCUUGCUUCUGUAUAUGUAUCUACCCCAUAUUUGGGCCAUACUAUGUCCUUAUGUCUAACGCGGACUACAGAAGAAGGUUUUCUUUAAUAAUCAAAAAAGCUUAUGGGAAAAUACGAUCCGUCAAAUCAGUGGGAGCAAAGAUGUGGUUGUCAUCUUCCACAUAG